CAUCCCACUCUCAACCCUACAAAUUUCUACCCCCAAUUUAAACCCCAGACUCCCAUUCGAAACCCUAGAAAUUCCUCUUCAGCGCACACUAUCUCUCUCUCAACUCCAUCGCGCUCUCUCGCUUUGUAGAAACCGCAUCAUCAACCAACCAUGGCGGAUGUUGAAGGAGAUGUCGCAGCCGCUGCCGGAGCCGCCGCGCCAAAGAAGAGGACGUUCAGGAAGUUUAGCUACCGUGGAAUCGACCUUGAUGCUCUUCUUGACCUCUCUACUGAUGAGCUUGUCAAGCAUUUCCCUGCUCGUAUUCGCAGAAGACUCGAGAGAGGUUUGAAGCGCAAGCCCAUGGCUCUCAUCAAGAAGCUCAGGAAAGCGAAACGUGAGGCCCCACCCGGCGAGAAGCCCGAGCCAGUAAGGACUCACCUACGUAACAUGAUCAUCGUUCCUGAGAUGAUCGGUAGCAUCAUCGGUGUCUACAACGGAAAGACCUUCAACCAGGUCGAAAUCAAGCCUGAAAUGAUUGCCCACUACUUGGCUGAGUUCUCCAUCUCAUACAAGCCCGUGAAGCACGGUAGACCCGGUAUUGGUGCUACUCACUCUUCACGGUUUAUUCCUCUUAAGUGAAGAAGAAAUCCUUAUCUAGAACUCAGGUUUUUUGUUUGCCAUUAUGUCUUGUUAGACUUUUAAGUACUAUUAUUUUUGCAAGGGUUUUAAUGUGUUCGAAUAUACUUUGAUUAUGCCUAUGAAUUGAGUUUUGUUGCA